UACAGAACCAAGCAUCAACAGGUGGGGUUACUGAUUCGGAUGACAAAAAAUAAAAAACAUCCCAUCUCACUUCCAUUACACUUUGAUACCCCUUUCGGUUAGUUUUUCUGCUUUUGGUCUAAACUUAAAAGGACUCCAAUCAGCCUUUUUUUUCAUGUAUUCAACUCCCCUUGGUAAUCAGAGCUAUCAGAGAAUUUAGGGGAAAUGAUGAUCAAAGUAGAUGAAACAAUCGUAUCAACAGCCAAAGAACAACCAGUUGAAGUGAUGAACGGAGAAAAGGACAACUAUGGAAGUGAGGAUGACAACCCCAAAGAGUGGUUGAACCUGAACAUAGGAGGCACUUCACUCUCAACUGUUGGAGGCCCUGAUGUACAAUCAAGACCAACCACUGCAAAAGUUUUUUCAUGCAACUUCUGCAUGAGGAAGUUCUUCAGUUCACAGGCAUUAGGAGGUCAUCAAAACGCCCACAAGAGGGAAAGGGGAGCUGCCAGAAGGUACCAAUCUCAGAGGUCGAUGACAGUAAUGGGCUUCUCCAUGAACACGCCAAUUAUGCUUCGAUCACUCGGUGUCCAGCCCCAUUCACUCGUGCACAAGCCAUGCAGAGGUGGUACUGUGGUGGCACCAAGCUUUCAUGAUGCACAUGCAAGGCUUGCGAUGGCUUGGACGCCGUUCUCGUCAGAGGAUCAAACAGAUCUGGUGUGGCCAGGUAGCUUUCGCUUGGUUCCACAACAGCCCCAGCCACCACAUGAGCCACUUAAGCUUGAUUUAGACCUCAGACUCUGAUAGUUGUUGGCCUCACCUUUGAGCUUUAUCAUCCUUUUUUGGCCUCAAGAGCUUGAUCCUUAACAUAUGGAGGGGAAAAAACACAGGUAGAAGACACUUGACCUGGAAGAGUCAAUAACUAAGAUGAUAGUACUGCAUAGUAUGUGCUAGGAGAUUUGUAGUUUCCACUGUCUAUAUUUGACUACAUGUUCAGCACCCGAAACCCAAAUUAUGACACCCUGGCUAUCUAUUUUAGUUCUUUUUAGUUUUGAUAUAAUUCCCGAUAUGCAGUGCUCACAUGCUAUGUUACUGACAAAAGCUUUGCUUUUCGACCUUAAAACUCAGAUUUUCAUCCUGCAUGUACCACAAACACUUUGUGGGUGCUAGGUACGUUCAAUAUAAGGAUGCUUCCAACA